UCAUUUAUACAAUACCGCGCAAAUCCAUUUUGUUGGAGGCACAUACAUGAAGGGUGGUUCUUCAUUCUACUCUUAUCCACUCUAUCCCAUAUAUGUAUAAGGACCAGUAAUAUCAACUCCUUUUCAAUUAAGCACUUAUUUUCAAAACCAUGGCCGAAGCUAUAAUUGGUUUUACUGUUUUCAAUUCACAUAUUCAUAGUUCAUGUCUUCAAACAAAAAGAUUUGAAGUGAAUCCAUCUUCAAGAUUGCCUAAGCACACUUCAAACUCUACCCUUUUUCACAGGUCACUGCAGGUCUUAGAUGGCAAGACAAAAAGAGCAUCUUUGUGUAAAGUAAAUGGUUUACCAGAUAUUCCACUGAUGGCAAUUCUAGUAGAACAAUUGGAAGGACAAAGAGAUCUUAUAACUGAGAAAACAAUUUGGCAUCUUAGUGAUCAACAAAUAAAAAAUGUUUAUGCUUGGUACAUAAUGUUCACCGUUUGGGGAGUCUUAUUCUUUGGUUCCAUGAAGGACCCAUAUUACGAUUCAGACACAUAUAGAGAAGAUGGAGGAGAUGGCACUGGAAACUGGAUAUAUGAGAAGCAAGAGGUAUUGGAAGCAGAGGCCAGAGAAGCUCUGUGGAGAGAGGAGUUGAUUGAAGAAAUAGAACAAAAAGUUGGAGGGUUGAGAGAAAUUGAAGAAGCAGCAAAGAAGGAGGAGGAACUUGUUAAAUGAUUUCUUUUACUAUAAUAAUGCAUGCAUACCUUUGAUUCCAACAUUAACCAAAUAAUCCUUCAUUAAUAUGUAUAUAAUAACUAGACCACAUAGUUGGAUUGGAUCCCUCAUUAUUAUGAUUUUCUACGGUAACUGAAUUUUGUUUUGUUCA